GACUUAAGUAAUCCACCUGUCUUGGCCUCCCAAAGUGUUGGGAUUACAGGCUGCUAGCACCUCAUGGGUAGAGACCGGAGAUGCUGCCAAGCAGUGUACAACAUGCAAAAUAACUCCCCACAACAAAGAAUUAUUUUGUCCAAAAUGUCAAUAGUUCCAAGGUUAAGAAACCCUGUUUCAGAGGAAUCAGUUAUAAGCAUAUUGGUUGAUAAUAUUUGAAGAUAUAUAGUGCACAGAGGUUUGAUUGCAGAGACCAAAACUAAUCCUUACCAUGAUUUGAUUUUAAAAUAUAUAUUUUUCUAGAUAAAUCCAAUGUGAUGUUCCCCUCUUGCAACUUCGGCCAUACAUUAGCUAAUUUAUGAAGGAAUUUCUGUAGAAACAACUCCAAGCCCGUUUCCUCCUGCCCUAGCAGGAAAAGGUCCUGGCCAUUGGUUACAGAUGACAACUGUCUCUGCUAAGGCCUUUACAACCUAGAUCUUGCAAUGAGAAGGCAAGCCCAAACCCAAGGGUGAAAGCAAUGAUCACAUGCUUCUAACUCCCGACCGUCAAGUUUUAAGUAAAAUCACUAAUGGCUCCUACGUUUUUUUGUUUUUUUUUUUAGUAGUAUGUUGGUACUUGAAAAAUGUCAGUGAAACAGGUUUUUCUGGCAGCACUGAUUUUUUUUUUUCCCCUCUCUUUAAUGGUCAAUACUAAUAUGACUUACUUUUUAGCCUUAGGAAACAAUCUCCUGGUCUAAGGUGCUUGAGUGGGCCGAUCCAGCUAUUAUCAAGAACCUUUGAGAACAAAAUUCUCAAGCACUUCUGAGUCAAAUAGGUGAAACCUCGACUGGCCUGACUAUCAUGGAACCUGACGACUUUGAUUCUGAAGACAAAGAAAUAUUAAGCUGGGAUAUUAAUGAUGUGAAACUUCCACAGAACGUGAAAAAGACAGACUGGUUCCAGGAGUGGCCAGAUUCCUACGCCAAACACAUCUAUAGCUCGGAGGACAAGAAUGCACAGCGGCACCUGAGCAGCUGGGCCAUGCGCAACACCAACAACCACAACUCCCGCAUCCUCAAGAAGUCCUGCCUUGGUGUGGUGGUGUGUGGCCGCGACUGCCUUGCAGAGGAGGGGCGCAAGAUCUACCUGAGACCUGCUAUCUGUGACAAGGCCCGGCAGAAGCAGCAGAGGAAACGCUGUCCCAACUGUGACGGGCCUCUGAAGCUCAUCCCGUGCCGAGGUCAUGGGGGCUUCCCGGUCACCAACUUCUGGAGACACGAUGGACGCUUUAUAUUUUUCCAGUCAAAGGGAGAGCAUGAUCAUCCAAAACCAGAAACCAAGUUGGAAGCCGAGGCAAGAAGAGCCAUGAAGAAAGUGCACACAACACCUUCCUCCGUCUCCUUGAGCCUGAAGGGGAGCACAGAGACCAGGUCUCUUCCAGGUGAAACCCAAAGUCAGGGGAGUUUACCUUUGACUUGGUCUUUCCAGGAAGGUGUCCAAUUGCCUGGUAGUUACAGUGGACAUUUAAUAGCUAACACUCCUCAACAGAACUCACUAAAUGAUUGCUUUUCCUUCUCCAAGAGUUAUGGUCUGGGAGGAAUCACAGAUCUGACUGACCAGACUUCCCCUGUGGACCCCACGAAGCUCUAUGAAAAGCGCAAAUUGUCUAGUAGCAGAACCUACGGUAGUGGAGACCUGCUUCCUCCUUCUGCCUCCGGAGUCUACUCUGAUCAUGGCGAUCUGCAAACGUGGAGUAAAAACGCUGCUUUGGGGAGAAAUCCUCUUAAUGACAACUGUUAUUCCAAUUAUCCUUUUUCUCUGACCAGCUGGUCUUGCAACUUCUCUUCUUCCCAAAACUCUUCAGAACCCUUUUACCAGCAGAUUCCAUUGGAGCCAUCUGCAGCCAAAACUGGCUGUCCGCCAUUAUGGCCAAAUCCAGGGGGUAAUCUUUAUGAAGAGAAGGUACAUGUGGAUUUUAACAGCUACGUCCAGUCCCCUGCGUACCAUUCACCUCCGGAAGACCCCUUUCUCUUCACCUACACCUCUCAUCCUCACCAGCAAUAUUCACUGCCAAGCAAGAGCAGCAAAUGGGAUUUUGAGGAAGAAAUGACAUACUUGGGUUUGGAACACUGCAACAAUGAGAUGCUUCUGAACCUGUGUCCUUUAAGAUGACUCAACUCUUGCUAGGUGCGCCCUCGACCCUCAAAAAUGGGGAAGGGCUGAAAGAAUUUCCUUAGGAAAUAAUUUUAAAAACAUAACCACAGAUAAAUGAGAAUCAUGAUAAGCAGUAGACAAGGCUUUUUUUUUUUCUUUUUUUUGGAGAUAGAGCCUCUGUCACCCAGGCUGGAACGCAGUGGCACAAUCUUGGCUCACUGCAACCUUUGCCUCCUGGGUUCGAGCGAUUCUCCAGCCUCAGCCUCUCGAGUAGCUGGGAUUACAAGCACCUGCCACUGUGCCCAGCUAAUUUUUCUAUUUUUUGUAAAGACAGGGUUUUGCCAUGUUGGCCAGGCUGGUCUCAAACUCCUGACCUCAAGGGAUCCGCCUGCCUCAGCCACCCAAAGUGCUGGGAUUACAGGCGUGAGCCACCGCACCCAGCUGACAAGAAUUUUUUCUUAACAUGAGUAAUCCUUUGGCUCCUUCUCCUUCACUCUAGUACUUCCAUCCUUGGUAAGGAAUGGAAACCUGUCCCGUCUAGGAUGUGAAAUGCCCUCUGCUUUUUCCCCGACAUUAUUUGGGGUUCCCAGCAGCACCUCAUUUGCAUUGCAUGCUGGGUUUUCAUUGUCACUGUUGCAAAUCGAGUAGAGCCGACAUGUGAAAUGCCCACCAACCUAGGAUCUGUUCUAUGCCUUCUUGAGAACUGAGAAUGAAGAAACGGAAAUGGAUGGUGGAAGAACUGCCUAAGGUGUGAAAAGCUGAAGAUUCCACCACUGAAGUACUGAAUAUUUUGUCUAGUUUGAGACUAGUGUAUAAAAUACAUGUUUUCUAGAUGAUUUCUAAGACUUGUGAAGACAAGGAACGCAACGUCACCCCAUUUUUCAUAAAGACAAAGAACAGCAAUGUUAAAUUGCCAUAUGAAGAGAAAUACUAGUGAUGAUCGUGGUCUCCUUGCCUCCCGUUUCCUUCCCUCUUCCUCACUGACUUCCCCUUGCACAGGGGCUUUUGUUUUGUUCCAUUUAUUCUUUAUGGCACCUAUAUCAAUGUGGGAUUUGUAAUAGGUGAGAAAUGUUUGCUUAGAGAAGUUUUUGUGCAAUUAGCCUGGCAAUGAUUGGCCGGCCAUGUUUGAAUGCCAGUUUUUCCUCUUUGCUGAAGUACUUUAUAAUAAAUGUAAGCCUAGACAUAAAAUCUGGAGAGAACCAUGCAAUAAACAAAUAUUUUCAAAGUAAA